AUGGCAUUGCACCAGCAGAUUCUCAAGUUAUCGACGCUUAUUCAAGAACUGGUGUCUAAUGUUGAUGAAUAUGAAACUCUCAAAAGCGUCUCAGAUACCGCUCCUACUAUAGACAGUAACGAAGAGUUGACAUCUACUUUGAGGAAGAUUGAUAACUCCCUCAAGUACAUUGAGAUUCUCUUCGAGGAUGAGUUUUCGGAGAAUGAAUACGAUGCUCUUGUAAGUUUAUUGGGGAUAUACGAUAAAGCUUUAAGUUCUCUUCCAGAGGUUGAAGUAGAAGGCUAUACGUUUGAUAGAACCAAGAUAGAGGAAGUGAGGGAAAAUGCAAAUGGGGAAAACGGAGGAGGAUACGACGAGGAUAUGGUCGACAUGACCUUGAAUCCAAGUAUCUCUUCGAAGCAUAAGAAAUCCGUACGCUUUAAGGAUAAUCUUGUGGACGCUGAACCUACCAAAUAUAAGGACGAUAGAGAUGUUUUGUUCCAAGAUAAUGAGUCGCUCUCGUCUCAGGCGUCCACCACGUCACAGACCUCGUCACAGAUGUUGUCAAACAAGCAAAUAUUUAUUAGCAAUCAGCAGGAAAUUAUAAAUCAAGACCAAACAUUGGAUCAUCUUGGUGACUCGGUAAGUAGACAGCACGAAAUGUCUCUACAGAUCAACGGUGAGGUGAAUGAUCAUAUGGUUUUAUUGGAUGAUCUAGAAAAUGGAAUGGACAGAACUAACGUCAGAUUGAUCAGAGGACAACGUAAUAUACGCAGAUUUAGAGAGGCUCUACGGGAAAGGGGAGACUGGUGUACAAUCUUGCCUGCUGAGCCUGCUGAGCCUGUGAGAGCCCGUUUUGCUCCUUCCCCUACUGGUUUCUUGCAUUUGGGCUCUUUAAGGACUGCUCUAUACAAUUAUCUUGCGGCAAAAUCAACACACGGUCAAUUUCUCCUUAGAUUGGAAGACACUGAUCAGAAGAGGUUGGUUCAAGGUGCUGAACAGAAUAUAUAUGAGACGUUGAAAUGGCUUGGUAUGAAUAUCGAUGAAGGACCGAUACAAGGGGGUCCUUAUUUUCCAUAUCGACAGAGUGAUAGAUCGAAAAUAUACGCCAAGUAUGUACGAAUUUUGCUAGAUAAAGGCUUUGCAUAUAGAUGCUACUGCUCGAAGCAUAGAUUGGAUCAGCUUCGUGACUCGGCAAGACUACUCAAGCCACCAACCACGGCAUCUUAUGAUCGUUACUGUUUGAAUCAUUACACUAAGGAACAAUCGGAUGUCAAAUGUGCCAAUGGUGAGGAGUUUACAGUCAGAUUUGUUUCUCCUAAGCGUUAUCCAAUAUUUACGGAUCUCUUACACGGUGAAAUCGAUCAACAGAUCCAGAUAAACCCCGUUGAUGUUCGUUAUGAGGAUCCUGUGCUAUUGAAAAGUGAUGGCUUACCCACUUACCACAUGGCUAAUGUGAUUGAUGAUCACUUGAUGAAGAUCACACAUGUCAUCAGAGGUGAAGAAUGGCUUGCUUCCACCCCUAAACACGUUGCAUUGUACAAUGCUUUUGGCUGGAAACCUCCUAAAUUCAUUCAUAUACCAUUACUUACCACUGUUGAUAACAGAAAGUUAUCCAAAAGAUCGGGGGACAUAGAUAUAAUGUCACUUAAGGCCAAAGGUUAUUUACCUGAGGCUCUCAUAAACUUCAGUGUCUUAUUUGGUUGGUCUCCCAAACGUACGUAUGGCAAAAAGUCCAGCGAGAUAUUCAGUUUGCAAGAAUUAGAGAACGAGUUCUCGCUGGAAGGUCUUACCAAGGGUAAUGCUAAGGUCGACUUUAGCAAGCUCGAAUUCUUUAACAAGCAUUACUUGGGUAAAAAGCUUGCAGAUACUGAGUCAGAGUUCUACAAAAAAAGCUUGGACGACAUCUUUCAUAAGCUUAGUACUACUUUGAAUUUGCCUCACUUGUCUAAGAAUGAAGUAGAUAAGGUAUUAACAGCUGUGGGUUCGGCUUUGAGUAAAGUAGAUGAACUCGAUACAGAACAGUAUUGGUAUUUCUUCAUCAAGCCUUCUUAUUCCAUAGAUUCAUUUUUGAAGAGCACAAAGUUGGAUACUGAUACUAUCAGGAAGAUCGUCCAACAAUUGAGGGACAAUUCAGUGGGGUUAUCUGUUGAAAACAUGAGUCAGACCAUUAAGCAGAUAGCGGAGAGUAUUCCAGGAAUAAAGAGAAAAUCCGUCUAUCAAACACUUCGGUAUGCUCUCAGUGGACCUCAAUCAGGUACCAAUAUGCACACCAUUAUCAAUAUUCUAGGCAUGAAAGAAACCGAGAAUAGAAUUGCCGACUUUGCAGAAGCUUUGAAUCACGCUUGA